AUGUCUGAAGCUUUAUACGCCGCUUGCGCGGAGGUUCUGUCCGUUUGCCAAACGAACAAGGAUGAUCUCGAAGCCCUCCUACAUCCGGAGACCGGGUUCGCGCCGAGGCUGCGCGAAAUAUGCAACCAGCACCUGGCGGAGCUGCAGGAGGCAGUCGUGGAGGGGACCGCUUCACCCACCGAGCUGGACGCACUCAAAAUGGAGAGUGAUACAUGGGCACUACUGCAGGCACUCAUGUCACUGCGCAAGACCACUCUACCUGAAUACCCUCAUCCCCGAGACCUCCUCGCCGCCAACCCAUAUACGCCACCCGCUAACCUCGCCCAAUCCAUCAUGAACGCGUCCAUCACGCUCUCUUCCCUUGUCGUAGUAAGAGAGUGGCUGCACGACUCUGCGCCACUACCAGCAACCCCGGGUGCAACGAAUGGAUACUGGCGAUUCACCCGAAAUGCCGUGCUACAAGGCAAGCGGACAGGACGCGUGGCUGGCGGUGUGGUAUCGGAGUUGGACCCGGAUGCUGUGAACAGGAGCGGUGAAGAGGGAAAGGGUCUGGCCCCAGACGAUGCGGCAUAUGAAAAAGCUUUCCUUCAAGCUCUGUAUGGGCACGUCCGCGCAGGUCAGCUCGAAGACGCGAUCGACCUGUGCAGGAAAGCGAACCAGCCAUGGCGCGCGGCGAGUCUUCGGGGCGCGCUUCUCUUCCAGUGGAGAACGAUUUCGAAUGCACCACGGGACGAUGACGCGAUGGACGAGGAGGACACGGAGGACUCCCAACAAUGGUCUGGGAAUGUCCGCAGGCAGAUGUGGAAAACCGUCUGCCAGCGAACUGCACUCAAUACAACGCUCUCCCCAACAGAGCGUGCGCUAUACGCUGCCCUCGCACCCACACCCUCCACCGCUGCCGUGCUAAAGGCUGUGUGCCGCACCUGGGAAGACCACCUGUGGGUUUUGGUGAGCAUCGCGUGCGAGGAGCGUCUAAGCCUCGGACUCGCCCGCAUCGCGCGGGAAUGUUUCUGGGAGAGCGGCUUGGGCACACUGGAAGGCAGCGCGGCAAGUGAAGCAGGCGGGGUUCCCGAAGAGGAGGUGGAGGAGGAGUGGGAAGAGGACGUGAAGCAGAUGCUGGAGGCCUUGGAGGCGGUGCAGGUCGCGGAAGGUGCCCCAGCAGACCACCCGUACCACAUCUCGCAGCUGCAUAUCAUCCUAGACAAGACUGAUGAGCUGUUGGAGUCGUUUGCAAAUGGGCUGCAGGAGGGUAUAUAUGUCUCGGCGCCCGAGUACCCGGCGCUGACGCGCUUCUUCGCACAUCUCUGCCUCUUCCUGCAGCUGAUCGACAUGCCCGUCUCCCCACUCGCGACCCAGGUCAUCCUCGAAGCAUAUCUGCGAGUGCUCGAAAGCGCGGGCCAGCGGGAGCUGAUCGCGAUGUACGCCGGGGCGCUCGGGGAUAACGCGGUGGAGCGCUAUGCGCUGUUCCUCACGUCGCUCGAGCUGUCUGGGGAUAUGCAUGAGCGAAGGCUCGCGCUCACUCGUGCACGGGAGCACGGCUUGGAUAUCGAGCGGGUGGCAAUUGUCACGGCGGAGAGGACGAUUGAAAAGACGUUCACGCAGAUCUUGCCCCCUGUGAAGGGUCCUCUGCCGUCAAUCAUCGGGCUGGAGCCUGCAGCGACGGACGCGGAGAUCCUGCUCCUGCGUUCGAUCGAGUGGACGACGUUCCUGGAGUCGACAUACGACACUGCGCUAGAGCAGGCCAAUGUUAUUCUCCGCUACUUCCUGGGACGAGGACGCAUCCAACUAUCGAAGAUGCUCCUCGACAUGCUCCCACCGGAGCUCGGGAGUCUGCCUGAACCCGAGGACCAGGCGACGGAGUUCAUGCACUACCGGCAGUUCUUCAACGUCUGGGAACUCCUCUCGCGCGUCGUGGAGACACAGGCGCUGGAGCAGCCACAGAUGAACAAGGAGACGAGGUUGGCGUGGCUGGACGAUUACAAGACGUUGGUCGAGCAGGCGAGAGAGCAGGUGAUCAAGCUGCUGACGACGGACUGGCUCAUGUCGGACGCGGAGUAUACGGAUGGGUCUCUAGGGGAUCGGAGACGCCGCGACCUGAGUCGCAUACGACAAAUCUACAUCCCCGAGCUCAUCAUCCGCCUACACUCCAUCCUUGUUGGCUCCCGGAGUCGCAUCCCCGAGAACAUGAAGCACGCGCUUUCGCUGGUCAAUAUCGUUGCAGACUCGCGAUACAGGCUGUACGAGGACUUCUCGAAGCAGGACGGUCGUCGGCUGGGCGAUUACCUUGGCGCAGUCCGUCAGGCCGUCCUGGCAGGACUGGAGGGUGGCGGUUCGGAUCCGUUCCGAAUACUCACAGUAUAG